GCAUCUCAUCAUACAAAAUUUAAGCUAAGAUAAGAAGAAUUAGAAAAUGGCAGAAAAUAGGAGCUUGAUGAUUUUUAAGGUUGUUAUAAUGUUAAGUUUAUCAACGGGUGCUCUUGGCUAUCGAACUGGUGGUUUACGUGCUUUCUACUUUGUGCAACAGUGGCUAGGAUCAUACUGUAACCAAAGAGGGACAAAAUGUUGCGACCCACCAACCGGGAAGCCAAAACCAGAUUUUACAAUAUAUGGGCUAUGGCCUUACUACAACGAUGGUAGUUUCCCCUACAACUGUGGCGAUGACAAUUAUGAUGUUGGCCGGAUUAAGUUCAUGGAGAAGAGGCUACAAGAAUCAUGGCCAACAUUUACAUGCCCACAAAUCGGAAGGAAAUUUUGGGUGCAUUUGUGGAAUAAGCAUGGUACAUGCACCAAAGACAUUCUAGGUGAAAUUGACUACUUUGAGGGUGCCUUGUACCUUAAGAAGAAGGUUAAUAUCUUACAAGCCCUAGCAAGGUAUGGGAUCCGACCGGAUAAUCGAUUUUACCCUCUCAAGACCAUCAAGACCGCCAUUGCUAGAGCCACCGGGUUUCAUCCAUGGAUUGUUUGUAACACAAAUGCUCAAGGUAACAAGCAAAUUUGGCAAGUCACUCUAUGCUCCGAUAAAUCGGGGAAGAAACUCAUCCAAUGCCCUUACCUUCCUAGUGGACGUGGUAAUUGCGACAACAAUAUCCAAUUCUCUUCCUAUUAUUAAUCAAGAAAUUAAGACAAUUAAUUAAUUGUGGUUAGUUAUUACUUCAAUUGUUUUGAAGUAUAAUUAGUAUUAAGCUACCACAAUUCCUAUUGUCAAUUAUAUUACUUUAAGAUGUAAUUCCCUUAUUAAUUAUGUACUUUAUUUCAUCGUAUAAGUUCAAUAAUAUUCAA